UCUCUUCGGAAAUAUAUAUAAUUCAACAAUUUUCAGGAGAAAUCAACAAAUAAGUCAGCCCUAACCAACUUCAUUAAAUUGAUCUCUACCUUCAUCAUCUCCUUCAAUUCAUCUCUACAUUAAUCAUCUCCUUCAUCAUAUCUCUGCAUCUUUUUCCUCGAUCCUCCUCCUCCUCCCGCAUAUACUAAACCCUUAAAACCCUUACAACAAAACCAGAUACUCAGCGCCCGCCUCUACCAACCACCUUUCCUUCAAUUCUCCAUCGAUCGAUUGUACGUGUUGCAAGUGGAGGACGAAGAUGGCUGAAGUAGCAACAACUUAUGCUAAAUGUGAUGUGACAAGACAGAAAUCGAGGUCGUUAAAACUUGUUAUAAGGAAGCCUGCAAUCAAAUCCACACAAAUACCUCAAGUGAAGGAUCCAUCAGUAGUUGAUGGCUACAAUAAGCGUGUAGGAACUAAAGUAAAUUAUGGCUUCCAAAAAUCAAACCAAAAAACGCCUGUCUCUAUUACUGGAUUGAAGCGUAGACCUGAGGAAGUAUUAGAAGAAGAAGAAGAAGAAGGUGGUCCUAAACCGAAGAGGUCGAAGAUGGACAGUGGUGCAAUACUACAUUGGAAGCCUGUUGAAAUGAAUUUGGAAAGGGAUCAUCACAAAGAUAUUGCAAUUGAACUCUCCCCAUCAAAAAUGUUACGUGUGGCACAAUUGAAGAGUAGGUUUGCAGAAACCAUACUCAAAGCCCAACGUUACACUUCGUUGCAACAGGGUGAUAAAACAAUUGGGCAAGAAGAUAAAGAGUCAGCUGCAAUAUUAAAUGAAGAAUCUGAAAUUAAAAGGAAAAGACAAGAAGCGAGGGAGGAAGCCAGGAUGGCUAUUAGAAAGGUGGAACAGUCGGUCAAUUUUGAAGACAACUUUCAAGUUAUGAAAGAUUUUGAAGCUCUAAUUGGAGCGCCUAGUCGAUCUUGGCGAUGAAUAUUAAAGAUUUCCUUCAUUUUCCAUUAGUUCUAAUAAUCUCUACUUUCCAAAAUGUUGUUAAAGAUUUCCCUGUGAAAGAAUGUGAAUAAGUAUGUUAACAGUCAAGAGUAGUGCAAAUAUGCAAUGUGUAUUAGAGUUAUCGACAUAUAUCCCUUAAGUUCUGCAUGUAAUUAGUUUACUCAUUAGGGUUUUACUUGUUGUCAAACUUUACUGUUUAUAAUUAAUGAGUAUGGUACCUUUUCUCUUAAUCAUUAAU